AUGCACCUGAUUAGCCACUACAUUGACUCGAUCCGUCGUGCUGGCUUGCCAGAGCACUACUCUACGCAGAUGUUUGAGCACCUGCACAUCGAGUACAUCAAGAACCCUUACAGAGCAUCGAACCGACGCACGGCCACUGCACAGAUCAUGAAUAGUAAGGUGAUGCGUCUGCGCCUGGACUCCAUUGCACCAGUUCUCGGCAAGCGUAAAGCCUACGACACGUGCAUGGUUGAGAUCCACAACGGGCUGGCCAUGCCAGCUGCAAUCGAUGCGGCAUUUAGCCGCCUACCUCAUCACGUUCGUGCUGCGCCGAUGUUCUAUGGUCGGCCAUGGUUCUCCAACAUCGCAGUUGUUGGGGAGGGUGACGAUGCAGAGCCUCUCGAAUGGUUGCCUUCACGGCACCUCCAUCCUUCUCUCAUCCAUCCGUCCCUCCCCCAACCCCCUUUUUCCUUCUGCCCUCCUGCCAGCGGCCUGUCCUACAACUACCUCACAUACCGCGUGCCACCACUAGCGGCGGGGCUCAAGGACUUCGACGUGGGCUUUAACUUCCUCUCGGGCUCCUUCCCGACCAACUCCGCCACAUCAUGCGGCGCCAACAACAACUGCUUCCAGGCUGUCACCGGGUGCACCACCAAGGGCACGGUGCAGCGCAGCAUGGGGUGCAGCUUCUGCCUCUCCGACACGGCGCAGGGCAUGGUGUGCUACGGCCGCGGCAUCUGUACCGUCGACGCCUCUGCGCCCUUCGCGGCUGGCACCCCCAACGCUGUUGGGGCCACCACGCUGCCGCUGGCUUGUGUUGGUGAGUGUGGGGUGCGCAAGGGCAGGGUGCUGCUGCCAUUGGUACACCUGUAA